AUGGCUCCCGAUCCCAAGCUCGUCGCCAUGCGCGCGGCGAUGAAGGCCGCGGGUGUGGACGCGUUCAUCGUCCCGUCCCAGGAUCCCCACUUCAGCGAGUACGUCCCGACGUGCUUCGAGCGAAGGAUGUUCAUCAGCGGAUUCACCGGCAGCGCAGGCACCGCGCUCGUCACCCACGACGAGGCCCUGCUCUGGACCGACGGCCGGUACUUCCUCCAGGCUGAGCAGGAGCUCGGUCCGGAGUGGACGCUCAUGCGAGGGGGGCAGCCCGGCGUCCCCGAGCCCUCCAAGUGGCUCGCCGACAAGAUGGCCAAGGGAUCCAAGGUUGGCGUCGACCCCGCGGUGCACUCCCUCUCCGAGGCUCGAGCCCUCCGAUCCGCCCUGGAGGCCGCCGGGAGCGCCCUGGUCACCCUCGACGUCAAUCCAGUGGACACGGUGUGGGACGCGGAUCGACCGGCCUUUCCCACCGCGCCGCUGAGGGUUCACAAGGCGGAGUUCAGCGGCAAGUCAGUCGCCGAUAAGGUUGACUUCAUCCGCGCCAAGCUCGAUGAGAACAAGAGCGACGUCCUGGUCGUCUCCCCGCUGGACGAGGUGGCGUGGCUCUUCAACGUCCGCGGCGGUGACCUCGAUUACAACCCCGUGACCCUGGGCUACGGACUCGUGAGCAAGGACGAGGCCUGCCUCUACGUCGACCUCGGCAAGGUGACGAACGAAGUGAGGGCGCACCUCGACGAGGCCGGCGUCGUCGUCAAGCCAUACGACGAUUGCGCCGGGGACAUGCGCGCCGCCGCCGCCGCGGGCAAGACGCUCUGGAUCGACGCCGAUAAGGUGAGCGUGGCGCUCGUGGAGGCUGCCGAGGAGGCCGCCGCGGCGGCUGGCCCCGCGGAGAAAAAGGCAAAGACGGAAAACGACGACGCGAAGAAAACCAUCAAGGAGGGCGUCUCCCCGAUCCCGUUAGCCAAGGCUGUGAAGAACGAGGCGGAGCUCGCGGGCAUGCUCGAGGCGCACCUCCGGGACGGUGUCGCGAUGGCGUCCUUCUGGUGCUGGCUCGACGAGCAGGCGGCGCAGGGUAAGGAGUGGGACGAGUACGAGAUCGGCGAGUGGGUCUCCAAGUUUCGCGCCGAGCAACCGGGGUUUAGCGAGGAAUCCUUCGCGACGAUCGCCGGCGAGGGACCACACGGCGCCAUCAUCCACUACCGCGCCAGCGUGGAGAGCGCACGAAAGGUGGGACAAAAUUCGCUCCUCCUGUGCGACAGCGGCGGCCAGUACGACUGCGGCACCACCGACGUGACCCGCACUCACCACCUCGGAACGCCCACCGACCACCAGAAAAACGCGUACACCCGCGUCUUACAGGGCCACAUCGGACUCACCACGGCGGUUUUCCCCCAGGACACCAGCGGGUUCGUCCUCGAUGCCUUCGCGCGUAGGCACCUGUGGGAAGCGGGGCUGGACUACAGGCACGGCACCGGCCACGGCGUCGGCGCCGCGCUCAACGUGCACGAGGGCCCGCAGAGCAUCUCUCCGAGGUUCGGGAACAUGACGGGCCUCGUGCCCGGGAUGAUCCUCUCGAACGAACCGGGUUACUACGAGGACGGCGGAUUCGGGAUCAGGAUCGAGAACCUGCUCGUGGUGAGGGAGGCGAAGACCUCGCACAACUUUGGCGACAAGAAGUACCUCACGUUUGACUACCUGACGCACAUACCGAUCCAAAAGAAGCUGAUUGACUUUUCUCUCAUGUCGGGUGCUGAGGUGGCGUGGCUGAACCAGUACCACGCGGUCGUUUGGGAGAAGGUGUCGCCCAGGGUGACGGAUGAGAAGGUGAAGGCGUGGCUCAAGGAAGCGUGCGCGCCCGUCACGGUGAAGACGGUCGUGAUUGGAUGAGGGCUAAAUAUGGGUUGCGAUGAUUAUUUUUACGUCUUUCAUGAGAUUCAAAGUAUACAACGUCUAUUAU